UGUCACUACGGUACAAAGGGUCGUCGUGUGCGGUGGUGGCUUGCUCAAUAGGCCGCAACAAGCCUCUGGAGCUUGGACCGCCAACUGUGAACACAGCCUGUUGGUUCCAAUCCAACCGAGUUGCGCCUUCAUUAAAACAUUGCACGAAGAGGAGCACGGUCACAUACAUCACACAUUGAAGAACCCUCAGCCGGGGCCUGCCAGAUUCUCCAUAGGGCCACAAAGCCCGGUGACUCCGACUCUCCUUCUCAUUCGUGUACUUGGCACGGAUCCUGGCAAUACACUCGCUUCUUCAACCAGAAUGCGCGCUGCGUACAUACUCAGCGCCUUGGGCGCUUUCGCUGGGAUCGCACUCGCGCAAUCACCAGUAACACCAGCGCCCGAGCAGGCCACUGCGGCUACAGGUGCUGGUGAAUACAGAGCUUAUUCGAUCAAUGGCGUCGGUGAGCUCGAGGCCGGUGACCCGGCGAUUCAGGCAUGCACGUAUAUGUGCACUGUAAUUAUAACAAGCGAAAUAACCGUCAUUAGCUACAUCGACGUCCCAGGCCCCACGGUCACUACCUCUGGUGACCCUGUCACCGUCACCUCCACCGUCACUGCCACUGCCACGCCAACAGUUGAAGAAGUCACCGUUACUGUCACUUCCACUUCCACUACCACUGCCACCAACGCCGACUGCACCACUCAGAGUCUUGAAUGGACCACUGUCUCUGUUGUUGAGACGGCAACGCAGACCUACACGGUCUCCUACCCGAUCGUCACAAGCACCUAUGUUGAGUGCGUCGAGCCAGGGACUGGAUAUCCGACCGAUGGCUACCCCGAGCCUGAGCCUGAGCCCACGCCGACAUAUGGCAGCGAAGCAGACGGAGAACUUGAGCAACGCCAGUGCGACUACUGUGAGCCUCCGCCGCCCACUUGUGGCUAUAUCACCGUCACGGAUUGGCAGACAACCAUCUUCACCACAAUCGAGACUGUCAUCUCCGGUUCUGCGACCACUGUGACGGUGCCAACGACGAUCGCGACAACCAUUCCCACUACCAUCAUUGGAACCGAGUUUAUCACUCGCACCGCGCCUACAACCAUCUGGGAGGAGGUCACGACGACAACAACCUCGACCGUCACCACAGAGAUCCCUGUCACCAUUACCGAAGACAACACCGUCGUCACCACGACCACCACGACCGAGUAUGAGACAGUGGUUAGCACAGUUAGCAGUUACCCUGUGACUUCGUGGAUCACCGACGUGAUUACCGAUGUUGUCACAGAAACCCUGCCUGGUGAGACCAUUACCGGCCCUGGCGCGACAAUCACUCAGCCUGGGCCAACGGUCACGGUCCCUCCGGAGACUAUUACGCUCCCCGGCGAGGUGAUCACUCUGCCCGGCACAACUACGACCGUCACUGUCACGGAGAACGGCGAGACCAUCACUACCACAAUCGUCACACCCCCUGAGACCAUCACCCAACCCGGUGAGGUCAUUACGGUGACACCAAUCUUCGAGGUGACGCUUUGUCCCACCCCGACGGGUGCGUCGGCGCCCCUGAGCACGGACAGCGAGGAUACUUUUGGCUGUGCGCCCGGUUACGUCUGUAACCCUGCCAAGCCCGCUGGCUGCAACUUCUGGCCCGGCCUGCCGUCGCCCGACUACCUGUGCAAACCUGAGGAGUGUAUAAUCGCACCCCCGUUCCCCAACGUGACCUGGGAAGAGGGCGAGACCAGCUACUACCCUCCCACCUACGGCUACUUUGAUCUGAACCCCGAGGCGUUCGGGUUGUCGUUUGACAUCUUCGAGUACGAGGUGUAUGAAGAGGUCAAGGAGAGCACGACGGUUACCGUCACCACCGGCAACUGGGAGUCGCAGGCGAGUUUGAGCGAAUGGCCACUCCCUACCACGACGACGACCACCAGCGCCACCCCUGAGCCUUACCGUCUGGUUCGUCGCACGCUCAACAAGCGUGACGUGGACACUCCGGCCGUCUGCUUCGCCCUCUGCAACAAUGCUAUGAAAAUUGCCCUAUCGCUCGGAAAGUCUGAUGACCUCUGCGAGGACGAUUCUUCCUUCCUCAAUGCCUACAACGUCUGCCAGGUCUGCGUCGUGGAGAAUGGCGACGAGACCAAGGACCCCGCUCGUGAAUACAUCGUGCCCGAGUUCAAGCAAUUCCUUGACCACUGCGCGGGCGGCGAUGCCGAGCCCACGGAGACCUUUGUCCCACCUCCCGAGUCGGCUGUCACCAGCGAGCCAGAGGUCAGCACCACCAGCCAGGACGAGGUAAGCUCGGGUACCUUUACGCCCAUUGAGCCUACCACGACGGUCAUUACCACCAUCAUCUCCACGUCCACGUCUACGUCCACCUCCACCGCCGAGGAGACUUCCACGACUGAGUCCUCCAGUGAAGAGCCUGCGUCGACCACCAUCAUCGUCGAACCUACGACCACCGAGCCAGUUCCCACCACUAUCCCCGAUGAAGUGACGGAGACCACCACUGUCGAGGAAUCGGCUACGUUGACCAGCCAGGAGCCCGACACGCCCAACACCAGCUUGACAUCGUCCGAUGAAAGCAGCUACCCCGGAGUCUCGAGCACCGACGAGGAAGUCACUGCUACCGCUACCGACGAGCCCGCCGACACCCAGACCUCAGUCAUCCUCGCUCCCACUGAUCUGCCCGAGGGGAUCACCACCAUCGAGGGCGGAACCCCCAUUUCCAUCACCACCGUCGAUGGAACGCCCAUCUCGAUUCCUGUCGUGAUCACCACCCAGCAUGGCACCCCAGUCGCUGUCCCCGUGUCCCUGACCACAACUGACGGGACGGUGAUGCCCGUGCCCCUCCCCACGGACGACGAUACCCCCGAGGACGGCAACGAUGGGGAGCCUGUGCCCGGCGAUGACUCGGACGACGGCGACGUCUCCACGCCCGUCUACACCAUGUCGGGCACCCACUCCAUCCCCGUGGUUCCCGAGCCCACGGGCGGCGACGAGCCGACUCCCACCCCGAUCCCCGGCGCAGCUGCAACAACCGGUCGUGGCGCGCCCAUGUUGACUCUGGCUGCCGUUGUCCUCACCUUCUUCUUCGUCUAAGCUUCUCCUUUUCUAGAAAGGGAAUGUCUGGUUUUAACGUAUAUACGAGACCC